AUGGCCACACAAACAUUCGAGACCAACGGCGUUCGAAUCGCCGUUGAGGGAUGCGGCCACGGCACCCUCAACGCCAUCUACGCCGCCGUCGAGGCCUCCUGCACGGCCCGCGGCUGGGACGGCGUCGACCUCCUCAUCAUCGGCGGCGACUUCCAAGCCGCCCGCAACGCCGCCGACCUAACCGUCAUGUCCGUCCCCGCCAAGUACCGCGAGCUCGGCGAUUUCUGGGAGUACUACGCCGGCCACCGCACCGCGCCGUACCUGACCGUCUUCGCGGGCGGCAACCACGAGGCUGCCAGCCACAUGUGGGAGCUCUUCUACGGCGGCUGGGCCGCGCCCAACAUUUACUACCUCGGCGCCGCCAACGUCCUGCGGCUGGGCCCGCUGCGCAUCGCGGGCAUGAGUGGCAUCUGGAAGGGCUUCGACUACCGAAAGGGCCACCACGAGAGGUUGCCCAUGGGCCCGGACGAGAUCAAGAGCUUCUAUCACGUCAGGGAGGUGGAUGUGAGGAAGUUGUUGCUGCUGAGGGAGCAGGUUGACGUCGGUAUCAGCCACGACUGGCCAAGGGCUAUUGAGAGGUGGGGUGACGAGAAGGCGUUGUGGAGGAUGAAGCCGGAUUUUGAGAGGGAGUCCAUGGAUGGUACGCUGGGCAACGUUGCGGCGGAGUAUGUUUGCGAUCGGCUUAGGCCACCGUAUUGGUUCUCCGCGCAUUUGCACUGCAAGUUUGCGGCGUUGAAGAUCUACAAGGAUGAGGAGGCGACUACGAAGGAGGCAGCAGAGGGAGCCACGGCGCCAGCUACGGCUCCGGCUACGGCACACGAGUCGGUUCAAGCACCGGAUAACCCAGACGAGAUCGACCUGGACGGGGACGAAGAGAUCACGGACGCUUCUGCCCUUCCGGCGCCAGCACAAUCGAACCCCAACGAAAUCGAUCUCGACGACGAUGACGACGACGAGCAGCCUACCGCACCUAAGCAAACACAGGCCAGCAAAGAAGAAGCAGCCCCCAAUACCAAAACCUCGGUGCCCGAAGACAUCCGCGCCCAACUCCCCGCCUCCUUCGCCAGGCCCCAACCUCAGCCGAAGAGGACACCAGGCCAGCCCGUCCCGCCGACAAUCACAAACAAGCAGGUCAACUUCCUCGCUCUCGACAAGUGCCUCCCCCGCCGCCACUUCCUCCAGCUCCUCGAAGCGCGCCCCCACAACAUCCUCCCCGCCGACCAACCGGCCCCGACGCGGCCCUUCCGCCUGCAGUACGACCCGGAAUGGCUCGCCAUCACGCGCGUCUUCCACCCCACGCUCGUCAUCGGCGACGACGCGGCGUCGAGCCACCCGAGCCCGGACCUGGGCGAGGAGCACUACGCGCCGCUCAUCGACGCCGAGCGCCUAUGGGUCGAGGAAAACAUUGUCAAUAAGGACAGGCUCGACGUCCCGCUCAACUUUGAGAUCACGGCGCCGGCCCAUGUGGAGGGCGAGCCCGAGUCUGUGUCGCAGCAGCCGUUUGAGUAUACCAACCCGCAGACGUCGGCGUACUGCGCGCUCCUGGAGGUUGGGAACCUGUGGGAUGCUAGCGAGGAGGAGAGGAUGGAGAGGAAGGCGAGGGGCCCGCCGGCUGGGGAGUUCCGGGGACACCGUGGCGGUGGUCGGGGCUUUCAUAGAGGUGGUGGACGCGGUGGUGGACGUGGUGGUAGGGGCCGGGGUAGGGGCCGUGGCAGAGGCAGAGGUUGGAACUGA